CCGGAACGUCCAUUUCUAUCUCUCUCACUCUCUCUCUCUCUCGCAUUAGGCCUUUGCCACUCCACCUCCCAUUCCUCAUACCCAAUUACAGUCAAAGGGGACCUCCACGACUGAGUUCUGGUGGUGCUCUUUUGGAUUGGGAUCCGACCCGCAUUGUGUUCUCUCGGCUAUAUUGUAAGCUGCCAAGAUGGUCGCGCAGGAGUUUACUGUCGAUCUGGACAAAGCCCUCGUCUUCCAGGUUGGCCAUCUCGGACAAGAUUACCAGGAGUGGGUUCACGAACCAAUCGUCACCAAGGAAAGCCCGCGAUUUUUUGAGAGUGAUUUUUGGGAGUUCUUGACCCGCACAGUUUGGUGGGCAGUUCCAGUCAUUUGGCUGCCAGUUGUAUGCUGGUCCAUCUCCAUGUCAAUACAGAUGGGCCAUACACUUCCUCAGAUAGCUUUAAUGGUGGUCUUUGGCAUUUUUUUGUGGACACUUAUGGAGUACACAUUACACCGUUUCCUUUUCCACAUCAAAACGAAGAGCUACUGGGGAAACACCGCUCAUUAUCUUCUUCAUGGCUGCCAUCAUAAGCAUCCAAUGGAUGGCUUGAGACUUGUUUUCCCACCUGCUGCAACAGCUAUACUUUGUGUACCGUUCUGGAACAUGGUCAAGCUUUUUUCCACCCCUUCAACUACUCCUGCUUUGUUUGGAGGCGGUUUACUGGGUUAUGUGAUGUAUGAUUGCACCCAUUACUACCUCCACCAUGGUCAACCAUCUAUCGAAGUGUCUCGAAAUCUCAAGAAAUACCAUUUGAAUCAUCAUUUCAGGAUCCAGACUAAAGGCUUUGGGAUCACUUCAUCAUUAUGGGACAAGGUGUUUGGAACACUUCCUCCAUCGAAAGCAGCUGGGAAAAGUAGAUAAUUUAUUACAAUGCAAUGCAGCAUCUGUCCAUUGGUUAUUAGUAGCGAGUUUCAGGGGUUUUUAACAGUUUUUUUUUUGUUUUUUUUCUAAACAUUCUUUCAUUUUCUGUCUAUUUGUUUGAUAUUAACUGUCACUCCAAGUAAUACCUUCCUGGGUUUGCAGCAUUUUGGGGGGCGAAAGUACCGUAUAAAAUUAUGGAAUUUGUGUUCUCAGAUUUGUUUAUCAAGGAAAAGCCUCCUACUUGUCUA